AUGGUGGAGUCCAGAUAUAAGGAGGGAAAGCAGAAGGCCAAAAAAGAGUUGCUGAAGGCUACAGCUGUGAGUCUGACCUCAGACAUGUGGACUUCAAUCCACAUGGAUGCUUAUCUUGCCAUCACUUGCCAUUUCAUCGAUGGUGAUGACAAAUUGUCCACUGUUUUAUUGUCUGUGGGGAAGUUCCCAGAGAGGCAUACGGCAGCCAACAUAGCUGCUAAAAAGACUGCUGUCAUGGAGGAAUGGGGGAUUCUGGGAAAGGUGAGAUGCCUUGUGAGUGAUGGUGCUGCAAACAUGUUGGCCUGUGGGACUAUUUUGCAGUUAAGGCACAGCAUUUGUAUUGCCCAUGCUUUAAAUUUGGUUGUAAAAAAAGCCAUUGACCAGACACCGGGUCUUGAAGAAAUAAGGGGCAAGGCAAGGAAGAUUGUGGCCUAUUUCAGGACGAGCACCGUUGCCAGAGAGCGACUCCUCAGCAUCCAGCAGCAGAUGGGGAUACCUCCUCACAAGCUCGUGCAGGAAGUGGAGACACGGUGGAACAGCACCUAUGACAUGAUGUCUAGGCUGUAUGAGCAAAGGGAACCCGUCGGUGCUGCAGUGGUGUCGCUGUGCACCGCUGCUCUGACCUCUGCUGAAUACCAGAGCUUAGCCGAACGCCUUGGAGCACUAUCUCCCCUAAAGGAGGCAACAGUGGAGCUGUCAGCCGAAAAAACUGUCUCUGGCUCCAAAAUUAUCCCCCUUGUGCGAAUGUUGAGGCAUGCCAUAACAUCCAAACACAGGGAGGUGAAGGGUGAAAUGGCGAAACAGCUCUGCAACAACCUCACACGGCUUAUGACGGAAAGAUUGAGUCACUAUGAGACAGCCAGUCAACACUCCCUUGCCUCUCUUCUGGAUCCACGAUUCAAAGCGAUGGGGUUUUGCAAUUCAGGGAAUUCACAAAAUGCUGUGAGAAGGCUCACAGCAGAAUGUUCUUCUCUUUUAAGAGACAGCACUCCACCUGACCCAGCAGCACAAGAGCCUGCUGAAUCCUCAGGAACUGGCCUAUGGGAUUUGCUGGACCAACAUGUUUCGGAGACCAGGAGAGUGAAAAGUGCCACUGCUAAUGCAAAUGUGGAGGUGCAGCGGUUCUUGAGUGAGCUGAACAUUCCUCGAUCAGAAGACCCACUCCAGUUUUGGGCUCAGCACAAGCAUGUGUAUCCUCAUUUGUAUGUGCUGGCCCGUAACAUCCUGUGCACACCAGCCUCCUCUGUGCCAUGUGAGCGGGUUUUUUCUAAAGCUGGUGAAGUGGUCAGCAAGAAGCGAAACAGACUAAGCCCUGGCACAGUGGAACAAAUUUUAUUCCUUAAUAAAAAUGACAUUUAA